GAGAGAGAGAGAUGAGUUCAAUAUUGAUCAAAACCAUAUUCCACACAAGUUCCAUCAUUAAAGCCGAACAAAUUUCAAUCAUCAACAUCAUCAGUUGAAUAUUGGACAAUGUCAAUUUUGACAAAGAGAGCUGUUUUCUUUGGUACUGCCUUGAAAGCUAUGCCUAAUGCUUGUAUUCAAUCUGUCACUACUUUCUCCACCAUUGCUAAUCGCUUUUCCACUGCUUAUAAACCUGCACCCCAGGGUAGCCAAACAGAUGGAGAAGGCAAAUAUAUAGAAUAUAUGAGUGGGGUGAGAGGCUUCGUUACAGAUACAGCAAUAUUACAAGGAACGGUAAAAGCAACGGAGAUGGAAGAGAAGCUUAGUGAAAUGGCUAAGGAAGCCAUGGAUACUGCAUGGGACUCUGCCAAAAACACCACCCAAAAGGUUGAAGACACAUUGGUCGCUGAGGCUGAUGAGAAUGUUGUUGAUACAUCAGAGUACAGAGCCAUUGAAGACAUAACCCAUCGUGCAGAUGAUGGUCAUGAUCAUCCAAGGGAUGAUAGGAUCAAACUAUAACGACUACUUUUACUAAUAUUGCUUUUGUUGUUUGGAUUAUCUACACUUAGUACCUUUUAAUUUUGCUCAACAAAAAAGUUCCAUAAGUCCAAUUUCAUAAAUAUAUAUAUAUAUAUAUAUAUAUAUAUAUAUAUAUAUA